CGAUACGAGAGAAUCUAGAAAAGAAAAGAAAAGAAAAGAAACCCCUCCCCCCAUUUAAUUUCUCUCCCUUUUUCCUCUUUGAUUUCCCCUAAAACCCAGAUGAAAGAAAUGAGAGUUCAAAUCUUUUGUAAAGCAGAAAAAUGAAUGAAUUACUCAAAAAGAAAACAGAGAGAGAGAAUAAAGUGAGACCGGAUGUUGACAAAUUUCAGGGUCACUUCCUUAUAAGCUUGCUUGUUUGUUGUAUUGUAUGGAGAUUUCUUAUCUAGGAUCUCUCUCUAAAAGAGGGUUCUCUCUAUCUUUUCAUCUCUUUUCUCUCUAAAAACUUUGUUGUUUCAUUUCCAAGAGAGAGCGAGACUGGCCCAUCAGAUCCAUUUCUCUGCUUUUUUUCUUCAACCCCAUGACGAUCUAAACCCCCCCCUUUUCUUUUCAUGGCCUUGCAAUUCCAAUAUACCCAUCUUCUUCUUCUUGUCCUUGUUGUUGUUUUUUAUCAUUCCCCUUUCUCUUUGAUGGCUGGGGGGUUGAUGGGAUUCUGAACUUUCCCUUUUCUGGGGUUUCUCGUUAGUUGUUGAAUCCAGUGUUUUGAUUGUGCGAUGUUCGAUUGAGGAAUGGGGACUAAAGUGCAAUGCAAAAGUUCCUUGCCAGGAUUUUACCCAAUGAGGGAACUUAACAAUGAUUCUAACAGUCAUAGCUGGCACCUAUAUUAUGGUGAAAGAUCCUUCACAAAUGCUCAAUAUCACAAGGUUGUCUUGCCAAGGGCUAGUGCAAAUGGAUAUCUAGGUGAUGAUAAGGAUGUGGUGAAGCAAAAAAUGCUUGAACAUGAGGCCAUUUUUAAAAAUCAGGUGUUCGAACUUCACCGACUGUACAGAAGACAAAGAGAUCUAAUGGAUAAAAUCAAAUCCACAGAACUCAGCAGAAACCGUUUACAUGUAGAUUCAUUACUCUCGUCGAGCGCCUUGACAUCUCAAGUUACUUCUGAAGAUGCUUCGAGACGUAAUCUGCCAUGUUUUCCUAAGGCAAAUUCGUCUACUGCCAGGUUUUCUAUUUCAGGUGUUGAAGAAGGUCAUUCUUCUUUGAAUUCUAUAAAAGGCAAUAGCCAGAUGCCUUAUUUCUUUCCACCACAAAGUGAAAGUACUGUGAAGGACUUGCAGGUUCUUGAGUCCAGACCGACAAAGUUCAGGAGAAAAAUGUUGGACCUUCAGCUUCCUGCUGAUGAAUACAUUGAUAGCGAAGAUGGGGAACAAUUUCAUGAUGGAAAUGUGGCUGACACAUUAAGUCACAAUCACAUCACCGACCAAAAGAUUGACCUUGAGAGAGAUGUCAAGUUAUAUGCUGAUGAUAUCGAGCAAACUGGUUGCCUGCAAAAUGCUCGUAAAUUGGGCGCAUGUUUAGAAAAAAACACAAGUUGUUUAACUGACUUAAAUGAGCCCAUUCAACUUGUAGAAACCAAUGCUUCAACUUAUGUUGAUCCUCUAAGUUCUGCUUCUUGUCAUGGGGAGACUCAAUGUCCCUAUCCAUCUUCAGGGCCAAAGUCCUGUCCUAUAAAUUUGCAGAGGAAAGAUUCUCUCAAUACUGAUAAUGGAAGUGAUAAUAUGACAGGAAACAAUCUCAAUUUCGAUAAAAACACCAGUAGAGGAGGAAUUUUACCCCAUUUUCUUGAAUCAGGGCAUAGUUACAACUCCAAGAAUUCAUUUUCUCAUGGACUUCAAACUAAAGUAUGGCCUGUUUCUUCUGAGCCUAUGGAAAGUUUCUUCAAUGAAAUUCAUGAAGCUCCACCUUCUCGUUCGACAGAUAAAGGUAGGGCAGAACAGUCGAGGGAGGGGCAGGUCUUUGGUUUGCAGUUUACGAAAAGAAGUCCUGAGAUUAAGGGCGAACCACUAUGCUCCUUCGUCCCUUCUCAUACAUCCACCCUACAUCCAGCUGCUCCUGAUCUUAGCAAGUCCUGGUCUAACUCCAAUUCAUCUUGGGAAAGUGCAAGUACUAACUUUCAGAAGUUAACAACCGCACAAGCUCAGCAAUGUAUGAAUUCAGUAGCUACCAUGAACAAGAAUUUUCAUUCCCCGUUUCAUGGUAUGGAGAGUUCUGGAGAAAGGUGGCUUCUUAGUAAUGAUUCCCAACUCAAUAAAGGUUCCAAUAGCGAGUUGUCUUACUUUAACAGGGCUUUUCUUGGAUCUUCAUCUGAGUACAAGGAAGAAGUAGGCCACCCCUCUUCUGGCACUCACAUCUAUCAGAUACAGGGUAAGGGUAACAGUCAAGCUCCCAAAGACUUAAGUCCUUCCAUGUCAUUGAAACUCCUCAAGGAUUCAAAUCAUAUUGACAUGAAAGGUCCAAAAGAGAGAAAUUUUAACAUGGUGUUUUCAAAUAAUUCAACUGGUCAAGCAGAACCGGCGGUUGGGGAAAAUUGUAAAUUGUUACCUUGGCUCAGAAGUACAACUGGUGGAAACACUGAAACUACCAAUUCAGAGAGAUUCUCAAGUGCCGAGGAAUUUAUUUAUGUUAGAUCUUCAAUAAGUUCUUUGCCUGAUAAAAAUUCUCAUUCAACUCGUAAUGACAUUUUCAACAAAGAGUUUGAAUCAGACAGUUCUUCUAAGAGUCAAAAACUUCUUAAAAUAUCAACUUGUGAAGAAUUACAGGAUCCCAAGAAAGAAAUGUCUUCUCUUGUUCGACCCUUGGUCCCGUGUGAAACUAAAGAAAGCAGGGAAUGUCGAGUACUUGAUAUCAAUUUGCCUUGUGAUCCUUUGGUUUCUGAAUCAGACAAUCUCCACUCAGAGAAACUGAAUGAAGCAAAAGCUUGCAGUUUUGGACUCAUCGAUUUGAACUUGAGUCUAAGUGAUGAUGAAGAAUCUUUUAGACCGACUCCUAAAUCGACCGUCAGAAUGUGGGGAGAGAUAGAUUUGGAAGCCCCUGCAACUUCUGUGACCGAAGAUAUUGUUCCUGCUGAAGAAAUUAUAGAAACGAUGCAUGAAUUAUCUUCAAAACCACACUGCAAAGACAUAAACCAAGAAGAUGAACUCAUGGAGUUAGCAGCGGAGGCAAUGGUUUCCAUUUCCUCGUCUAUUUGUCACAUCUCCUUGGAGGAUGCAACUUGCAGUGCAGCACAAGAUUGUACGGACAAUCUGCUUAAUUUGUUGGUGGAGAUGGCUUUCUUAUGCUCAGAUGGUUAUGAAAGUGAGUCUCUAGCAGCAUUGAGAGCCAAACCAAGUAAUGAAUUGGAGUCUUCAUUAGAAGGGAUGGACACCUUUGAGUCCAUGACAUUGGGACUGAUAGAAACCAAAGCAGAAGAAUAUAUGCCGAAGUCCUUGGUUCCAGGACAUACAACAAUGGAAGAAAAAGCAAUUAAUUUGCUGCAAAAUCGUCCUCGAAGAGGCCAGGCUAGGAGAGGCAGGCAACGGAGGGACUUCCAAAGGGACAUUCUUCCUGGCCUUGCUUCUCUAUCAAGACAAGAAGUUACAGAAGAUCUUAAUACAUUUGGAGGGCUUAUGAGGGCAAUGGGUCAUGUGUGGACUUCAGGCUUGGCCAAGAGGAACUCGUCGAGAAACGUUGCCUCUGGCAAGGGACGGCGGCGAUCAGUGAUCAGCCCCUCCCCACAGCCAACUGAGAAUCUUCCACUGCUGCCUCAGCCUAGUAACACUGAGAUGGGACUUGACAAAAGGAGCUUGACAGGGUGGGGGAAGACAACUAGACGGCCCCGCCGACAAAGAGUCCCGGCCGGUAAUCUUGCAGCUAUUGCUUUAGUUUAGAGAUGGUUUUGAGAGUCAUCAAUUUCUUGAAUGGACUGUCAAAUUUCCCAUUGUACAUUUUUCAGCUUAAAUCCUUGGCUGCACAUGUUUAUCUAUUUGCCAACUCUAUACCAUAUCAUAAGACAAUGGCGGUACGUUAUUUCUCCAACAGAUAUAGCAUAAAGAUUAAAAGUGGAUAGCUUAACCAAUGUAUAUCUCUCGCUUAGAUUACACUGAUGGAUCUACUGGUGUUAUAUUCUUCCACACCUUACUGGGUUUCUUUUUACUUUAGUUUUAGAAAAAUAUUAGAUAUAUAGUUUUGGAAUGUGAAAGUACAGAAAUUGUUGCUUUGGUUUUUUGAGAUUUCAAACAUUAUUAUUCAUCUCUUUUCUCUAUACUUAUGAAUCAAGGGCUGGUUGAUUGUUUUA